AGUGGCUGGGGCCUCGGCGGGAGGCCCGGCAGCGUGUUUGCAAUAUGGCCGCGGCCAGGCGGGCGCAAGUGUUGCGGCUCUACCGUGCCCUGCUGCGGGAAAGUCAGGGCUUCACUGCCUACGGAUACAGCUGGUGGUGAAGUGUUCAAAAUGGAAGUUAAACCCGUUGAAGUGCAAAUGGAAAACAAGCAAGAGGCUAGAGUCAGAGAUAGAACGUAUGCCAUCAGAAGAAUAAGAGAUGCCUUCAGAGAAAACAAGAACAUAAAGGAUUCCACAGAAAUCGAAACACUAGUGAACAAAGCAAACGCUAACCUGGACAUGAUACACCGACAGGUUGCCAUUGGUCAGCUAUAUUCAACACAGAAGCUUGUUAUUGAGUGCCCAGAAAAACUGUGACACUGGACACCAUCUCUUCCUCAUGUAGCAGUGCUGGACCAGCCUCAGUAUUCUAAAAUGCGCACAGAUUUUUAUUUGAAUAUAUUAUGUUUCCAGCUCAUACUUUGUGCUGUCUUAUGUCUCCUGAAGCUUAAAUAAAACUUAUUCACCCAGUCUUAACUACCUAAGCUCUCCAGUGUUCACAGUAAAUGUGCUCUUAAUUUGCUAUAAGAUUAUUAACAUUUAUAGUUCUGAUUGAGUGUCAUUGUUUGCUAGUAUUUUCACAUUGCCUAUUCUGACAAUAAAAAUUCAUGGAUCCAGA